AUGUCCCGUGUUCCUGAUUUGAGCGAUCUAGACCUUCAAUUGGAAGACGUUGAAGAUUACACCUCCGAGUACCCCACAGGAGAAGCUGAUAUCCGCAAUUCCGCCGAGAACGAUGUCGUCAAGUACCGCCGUGGCGUUGUCACGGCAUUUAUCUUUGAGAAUAAAAAGCUGGUCAUGAUUGCUGGAACGGCCCUUGUCGUCUUGAUUGCCAUUAUCUCCAUUGCUUCUGGAAAGGGAUCGGCGCCCGCUGCGGUAGACGAUGGACACGCCCCUCUGAUUUUGACGGACGCUGCCAUUCUCGACGAUCCCAAGACGGAUGAUAUCAAGAACGAAUUGCAAAAAAUGUACAAUAACAACGACAUGGACCCCAUUGUGUUGACUGGGGCCGAUGGCGAUAACACUCCUCAACGACGCGCUUUGAGUUGGUUGUCUCACGACUACGAAGAAGAUAUGGAUCACGCCACCCGCAUGACUCGUUACGCCUUGGCCGUCUUUUAUUACUCAACCAACGAUGUCCCCACGGAAGAGACUCCGGAACCCAAGACUUGGUACGAGGCCGACAAGUGGCUCACCAAGGAACAUGCUUGCGAAUGGCAAGGAAUUGAGUGCAAUGAGCGCUUGCACGUUGUCGAAAUUGAUUUGUCUCGCAAUAACUUGUCGGGCAAGAUUCCCAAGGAAAUUACUGCUCUGGACGAACACUUGACAACUCUUAUCUUGAGUGAAAAUUUCAUUCUCAUGCACGAAAAGGAUUACGAUGCCUUGAUGCCAUUGACUAAUCUUGAGACUUUGUUGAUGGAUGACAACUUUUUGCACGGCUCCAAUGGAUUGCCCACUCAAUUUGGCUCUUUGGUCAGCAUGAAAAAGCUCAAGUUGUCUUACAACUUGUUCAAGGGUAAUAUGGAUUCGGCACAUUCCAACGCCGUCUUGGCAAACAUGAACCAAUUGACUCACUUGGAAAUGGAAGCCUGUUACCUGACAGGAUCCAUGCCCCAUCACAUUGGACGCAUGUCCAAUUUGGUGUACUUGUACAUGAGACGCAAUGCCAUGAAGUUCGAUUUGAAAUUUUUGACAACUGGACAGAUGACUGAUUUGUUCGCUUUGUGGAUUGACGCAAAUGAAAUUACUGGAACCAUUCCAAGUGAAAUUGGUCUUUUGGAAUCCAUGGCAUCCUUGUCCAUGACCAACUCUUCCCUGACUGGAACCAUUCCUUCCGAAAUGGGCAACAUGUCCGCCCUACGAAGACUCUGGUUGUUCAACAAUGAACUCACGGGCUCUGUGCCUGUCGAACUCAAAAAGUUGAGCGAUUUGGAAAUUUUGCAAGUCCACCACAACAAGCUCAAGGGAGAAAUGCCCAAUGGUGUCUGUGAGAAUAUCCACAAUUCUGGAUCCGAUGUCAAGUCCUUGACUAGUGAUUGCGGAACCAACCAGAUUUCCUGCAGCGACAGCUGCUGUACUCGCUGCUUCUAA